CCUCCAGCAGCUCCCACUUUACGCAGCAGCAGCGUGCUGAGCAGACAUGGACACGUCCAAACUUUAACUUUCGGGUCGUCUUUCUCCUCAGCGGCUCGUUUUCCUCUUCCCCCCCCUCCCCCUCUCCCUCCCCGCUUCUCCAGCCGAGCUCCGAAUGAAAAGCUCCAGUGGCAGCUGCGGACGCAUGGAGAUCUAAUUUUGGUCCAAUUUUCGGUCACUCGGUCAAGUCUGCGGAGGCCGUUUGUUUGGCUGCUGUUGUUUUGCUGUUUGGUUUUAUGGUCUACUCAUGCGUCGGGAAUGCCAUGGCCACUCCGAACGCACAGCAGCAGCACCAGGAUUUUUUCAGAUCGGUGAGCAGCGAGUCCACCACCUACAUGAUGGUCCCGGCCGGCGGGCCGAGCGGGACGAGGCGCAAGGAAGCGCCGUCCAAGAUGUGGGUGGCGAUGGUGGUGAUAGUGGUGGUGGUGCUGCAAAUUGCCUCCACCACGGGGCUCUUUGUCUACCUGAACAUGUCCAUAUCGGAGGUGCGUAGCCAGGGUGUCACAGAGGAGCUGAAGUGCCUGAGUUUACUGAAUGCCCUGGAUAAGGACCAGGACAUCCCGGACCAGCUGGCCCAGCUCUUUGGAGAGCCCUGCAUCAAGCUGGCCGAAGGCAUCAAAGCAUACAUCUCCAAGGUGACAGAGAACAUCAUCUCCAAACAAACCUUCAUAGAGGCGAGAACCAUGCCUCGCUCUUUCAACAACUCGGGGUCAAAGUUCAUGACCUCGAUGGCCCAGAGGCCAUCUGCCCACUUGACUCUCCGAGACACCAGCUCUCAAGGGUUCCCUCCCUACCAGAUGACCACAAUGGCUCUCCACCAGUCGUGUCGCCAUGUUGUCCGCUCAUGGGCCAAUCAGAGCUUUGGAGCUCACCUUCACAACAUGACCCUGUCCAAUGGGAAGCUGCGAGUGCCUCAGGAUGGGCGGUACUACCUGUACUCACAGGUGUAUUUUCGUUAUCCAUCCCCGGCAGCCAGUGAUGGAGACCAGCGCAGUGUCAGCCACCAACUGGUGCAGUGUGUCUACAAGAAAACCUCCUACCCAAACCCCAUACAGCUCCUGAAGGGGGUGGGAACUAAGUGCUGGGCUCCAGACGCUGAGUACGCCCUACACUCCGUCUACCAGGGGGGCCUAUUCGAACUGAGGGCUGGUGAUGAGCUCUUCGUCUCCGUCUCUUCCCCGACCAUGGUCAACGCUGAUGAUUCCUCCAGCUACUUUGGCGCCUUCCGCCUGGACCUCUGAAAGCAAGGGACAGGAGGAAAAAAAAAAAAAAAAAAAAAA